AUGGCCGUGUCGACGCUCAACAUGGCGCCCUACUUCACCGGAUACCCCUUCCAAGGCCAGGGCCGCGUGAACCAGCUGGGCGGCGUGUUCAUCAACGGGCGGCCGCUGCCCAACCACAUCCGCCUGAAGAUCGUGGAGAUGGCGGCGGCGGGCGUGCGGCCCUGCGUGAUCUCGCGCCAGCUGCGCGUGUCGCACGGCUGCGUGUCCAAGAUCCUGAACCGCUACCAGGAGACGGGCUCCAUCCGGCCGGGCGUGAUCGGCGGCAGCAAGCCGCGCGUCGCCACGCCCGAGGUGGAGCAGCGCAUCGAGGACUACAAGAAGGCCAACCCGGGCAUCUUCAGCUGGGAGAUCCGCGACCGGCUCAUCAAGGACGGCAUCUGCGACAAGAACAGCGCUCCCUCCGUGAGCUCCAUCAGCCGGCUGCUGAGGGGCGGCCGCCGGGACGACUCGGACCUCAGGAAGAACCACUCCAUAGACGGCAUCCUCGGCGCCAGCAGCGCAGAGGACUCUGACACGGAGUCGGAGCCGGGCAUCCCGCUCAAGAGGAAGCAGCGCCGCAGCCGCACCACCUUCUCCGGGGACCAGCUGGAGGAGCUGGAGCGCGCCUUCCAGCGCACCCAGUACCCGGACGUCUACACGCGGGAGGAGCUCGCCCAGAAGACCAAGCUGACGGAGGCGCGGGUGCAGGUGUGGUUCAGCAACAGGCGCGCGAGGCUGCGCAAGCAGCUCAACUCGCAGCAGCUCAGCGCCUUCAACUCCAUGUCGCUGCAGACCGCCUUCAGCCCGCAGUACGGCGACCCGGGCGCCAACUUCAACUCGCAAGGCCACGCGACCUCGUGGGCCCAGCAGGCCGCCGCCGGCUACGGGGCGCUCGCCUCCUACAACGGCGGCUACGCCUGCUCCAGCCCGGACGCGGUGCCCGGCCAGGCCGCCGCCGCAGCCGCCGCCGCGGCCGCCGCCGCCUCGCAGUUCCCCGUGUACCCGCCGCCGCAGCCGGCCGCGCCGCAGCACUGCGCGCCGCCCCAGCCGCCCCCGCAGGCGUCGUGGGCCAGCAGGCACCACCAGGCCGCCGCCUCCGCGGCCAAGGAACACGUCCCCUCCUCCUGGACCGACAACUACGGCCUGUUCUCGAGCACGGCCGCGGGCCACUACUCCACCCCCAACCUGACCCCGCACUCGCCCGCCGAGGCCAAGUCCGGCUACCCCUACUUCGGCCAGCUGAGCGGCAUGGAGGCGGGCAUCGUGUGCGGGCGGGCGCACUGA